UUAACUGUUGUGUUGAGACAAAAUAAAAAGAAGAAGAUAUUUUAAACAAUUUUGUUUAAUAUCAUAGAUAUAGAUUUUAAUGCCUAAUUUUAAUUUCAUUAAAUGUGUAUUAAUCUUCUUGUUAAUGGCAGGGUUUACUGAGAAUUACAAUGAUGGAUACAUUGGCUGCUUUCUUGAUAAGCCAGACAGAAUCCUCGAAGUUAAGUUUCCAGACUCGGAGGAAAACAAUAGUUACCGUUGUAAAGAUUUGUGCAGAGUGUUUAGAUACAAAUACUCUGGAACCGAGUUUGGUAAGGAAUGUUUCUGUGGUGACAAAUUGAAAGAAUACGAGAAAAGGGCCCAGACAGUGAAUGCAAAAUGUCACAUGUACAGGAAAUUUGGAUGA